UUCACAUGAACUCAAAACCCCUUUUUAUAACCUCAAAAUCACUCCUAAACAAACAAGACUCAACUCACCUUUUUUCUUCCAUCAUCAUCUUCUUCAUGUGUUUGUCCAAGGAAGAGAGAGAAAGCCAUGUCACUAGAACCAACUCUACUAUAUCCACCACCACAACAACAAGACCCUUUUACCUACGGAUUCAAAGAACUCUUCAACUACAACUUAUUAACAGAUUCUGAACCUAACUUUAACUACAAUAACUUCAACCUUCAAAAUGAACAACAACAUGGUUUUCUCAACAACCAAACAGAGAAUUGGAGUAACUACAAUUCUUCACCACAAAUGGAGAAUCAAGUAAAAGAACUUAAUGUGGUGUCAAAUCCGUCUUUAGAUACCUCAACUCCCACUCGUUCUCGUUCCAAGAAACGCAGAGUCAAAACAAGUAAGAAUAAGGAAGAAAUCGAGAACCAGAGAAUGACUCACAUUGCUGUAGAACGUAACAGGAGAAAACAAAUGAAUCAGUAUCUAUCUGUUCUGAGAUCUCUCAUGCCUCAAUCUUACGUCCAAAGGGUUGAUCAAGCAUCUAUAAUUGGAGGAGCUAUUAACUUUGUGAAGAAUCUUGAACAAAAGCUACAAUUUCUUGGUGUUGAGAAAGAAAAAGAGGGUGAAUUUGAUACUAUUGUUGGAGAUAAAAACAAACCCUUUUCUGAAUUUUUCACCUUUCCACAAUACUCAACAAGUGUUUGUGAGAGUUCUUCUGAGACAAAAAUGGGUGGUGAAGUUCAUCAAUCUAGCAACACUAUUGCUGACAUUGAAGUGACAAUGGUGGAAAGCCAUGCAAAUCUGAAAAUAAGAUCAAAGAAAAGACCAAAACAACUCUUGAAAAUGGUUUCUAGUUUGCAUGGAAUGUGUCUCACAAUCUUGCAUCUUAACGUCACUACAUCUCAUGAAUUUGUCUUCUAUUCUCUCAGUGUUAAGGUGGAAGAUGAUUGCAUGUUUGGAUCAGUGGAUGAGAUAGCUUCAGCUGUAUACAAAAUGUUGGAAAGGAUUCAACAAGAGUCAAUAUUGAAUUAAGAUCUAAACUUUAACUUUUUUUUUCUUGCCUUUUUCUUUUAAUCUUGAAAUUUCUUGAGGAUGGUGAAAAUUAUUCUCUCUCUUGUUAAUUUCCUUUUUCAAGAUGAAUCUAAUUAUUGAAAGGAAAAGUGUUUCAUAUCAUGAUAAUUAAGAUGACUAAAUUGAAUGAGAAAUCUAUAAAUAAUUGUCCUUGA